AUGAGGAGGUUCAGUACUACUACGAUAGCUCAAGCUAGGAAAUUAAGAUUCGAAAGCUUGAAAGACAUCAAAUUAAGAGCACCUAUCUUACCAACACAUAAAAAUUUCGAUGUUUCACCUGAUCAUCCCCUUUGGCAAUUUUUCCCUAAUGGUAAUGAAUCUUUAGCCUAUAGACCAGCAAGUGAAUUAGAUGCCACUUCAAGAUCUUGGACUAUGAGUGAGUUAAGACACAAAUCCUUUGAUGAUUUACAUAAAUUAUGGUAUGUCAACUUGAAAGAACGUAAUAUACUUGCCAAAGAAAUGUGGUUAUUAAAAUCCAUUGAACAAGUUAAUAUGGGACAAUAUGAUGAGUUAGAUGCCAAAUUAGUUUUAAACCAAAAAAGAAUCAAACAAGUAUUAUUGGAAAGACAAACAAGUUAUGAAAGAGUCAAAACCUUGGAUACUGAAGUCAAAGAAUAUUUGGAAGAUUUCGAACAACAAUAUUUAAAUGCCAAUGAACAAGAAUUAUUAGAAAUGAAUGAUAAAUUAGUAAGGUUACAAUAUGCUAUCUUUGGUAUUCAACCAACUUUAUCAGAUAUUCAAGAAGUCAAUGAAGACUUAGUUAAUGGUAUUGGAUACGUUGGAAGAUUAAAAUCUCAAAGGUACGUUACUGAAAACCCUGAUUGUGGAUUGGAAUUACCUUUGAAAGGUAUUGUUGAAGAAUUACCUUUCCUCUUCAAACAACCAUCCGAAGCAGUUGAAGAAGUUUUAGCAUUAAGAGAACAACAAACUCCAAUGUUACCUAAACCUGAAAUCUUUGAAUAUUUAACUAAUGUCUUGGAAGACUUGAAAGCUUCUGAAAUCGAACAAGACCAAUAA